UCACCAGUUAGACUCCCUGUCCUCUCCCUCCUCCCCACUGCUCAUUCUCUUGGUUGUAGGUGGGAUGCUCUCGGUAGAACAGCUGAGUUUGUGGUUGAGCCGGUCUCGGAUACUGACCCAGAAUGAGGGAGCUCCUGCUGUUACCUUGUCUUGCUUCGAUUCAACAAAAGACAGAAAAACAAUGGAAUCUCUGUUGUUAUUCGUUUACAUCAUCUGCGAUGUCGUUUAAAAAAGCGGUCUGAAUCCUUUUUCCUUUCCUUAUUUUUCUCGUUGUUGUUUUUUUUCUUAACAGUAGCAGCUACAGCAAGAGAUUAGGGAAAUCAGAUAACGAGCACUGCACACUCCCCAGGCGUCUGCAAACAGGUGUUUCCAUCCUAUGACUGCGCAGCGAGCUUCAUUCACGACUACCAUGUGUGCGACCAUGUAGUUUAGCGGAAAACUGCUCACCAAACUGUAUUUGUGCGUAUUUGUUGUGAUACCGAGAAAAUGAUACAUUCGGAAGAAGAUGCAAUGUGCUGUGACCAAAGUCUUUGUACAGCUUCGGAUGGAACGUUUGCUUUUUAUCCUUUUCGUUACGUUUCACUUUUUUCUCGAGGCUGCCACGGACAGUGUCUGAAAAGCGACUAAAUCAAUGAUCAAAAUGAUCCAUGUGGACAUCAUCUAGCCAUCUUCGCUGCACCCCUGGGACUAUUCCAUUUUCACUAUAGUGCACUUUGAAAGCUCUAUAGUAGCCUAAAUUUAACACAUCGUUGUUGUUGCAUCGGAUUCUGGACAUUUCCCCUCAGAAUCCAAUCUCUUGGAUUCAAAGGGGGUGAUAUCUUCCCCGUUUCUCUGGAAGUUUUUCCCCCAGAGAGCUGCCAAACUGGCUAUGGCGGCAGCGAUUGCCAGCUCCCUCAUAAGGCAGAAAAGGCAGGCGAGGGAGCGGGAGAAGUCUAAUGCCUGCCGCUGCGUUAGCAGCCCCAGUAAAACUAAAGGAAGCUGUGAAAAACCAAGUCGACUGAACGUUUUUUCACGAGUCAAACUCUUUGGUUCCAAGAAAAGGCGAAGGAGACGACCAGAGCCCCAGCUGAAGGGGAUUGUGACGAAACUCUACAGUCGACAAGGUUUCCACCUGCAGUUGCAGGCAGAUGGAACCAUUGAUGGAACAAAGGAGGAGGACAAUGGUUACACCAUGUUCAACCUUAUUCCAGUGGGGCUACGAGUUGUGGCCAUCCAGGGGGUGCAGACCAAACUCUAUCUGGCUAUGAACAGUGAGGGCUACCUGUACACAUCGGAACACUUUACACCGGAGUGCAAAUUCAAGGAGUCAGUGUUCGAGAACUAUUAUGUGACAUACUCCUCCAUGAUAUACCGGCAGCAGCAGUCGGGCAGGGGCUGGUACCUCGGUCUAAACAAGGAAGGAGAAAUCAUGAAGGGGAAUCAUGUCAAGAAGAACAAGCCAGCAGCCCACUUUCUUCCCAAACCUCUAAAAGUUGCAAUGUACAGAGAGCCAUCUCUCCACGACUUGACAGAGUUCUCCCGCUCUGGCAGUGGCACACCCACCAAGAGUCGGAGUGCCUCAGCAGUCCUCAACGGAGGGAAAGCUGUGAGCCAGAACGAAUCAACGUAGCCUGGUAGCCCAACCCAGGCCUGGGGCCGAACCGUGAAACCUUACCUCUAGCAGAGCAUGAAUCCAAGCAGACUUGUUUCUCCGAUCAGCGGUUCAGGACUAGCUAGGACAACAAAUCACACAUAAACAACCAGACAGCGUCAAUCAAAAGCACCUAUCAUCCUGGUCGGUCAUCAUCAAAACAGUAUCAACAGUAAGAAACUUAACAGCACAUAGAUCAUUCUGGACUUAAGGAACUGAUUAAAACGUUAUUUUUGGGCUUGAGGUUUAUUGACGACCUUAGACACUCUAUUUUUGUGAUGAUUGCAUACCAGUUAGCUCAUUUUUAUCUUAUUUUGGUAAUUAAUUUACUGUGCACAGUAAGUUUUCUUCAUGCAGACACCAAGCCCGCGUGCAUCUGUUAGACAGGGACGGGAAGUUAGACAUGCAGGUGUUCAGGGCAGUCAGUAAUGGUGCUGGUCUACAAGGUUGCAGUGGUACCGUACAAGCCCUGAUCUCUGUCUCAUCCAUGCUUCUGUGAAUACAAAGCCUAUAAACUCCCUGGUAUGGUACAGCCUAGUGCUACUGAGACUGUGGCCAGCCAGAUGGUAGCUCUCCUGCGUCCUAGUGCACACGCUCAGAGACUGAGCUCCCUAGCAUGGGAAAAUGAAGCCUAUGUACAACUGACCUGAGAUAUAAAGGGCAGUGUGGCUCUCUUGCAGUUUUACCUUUUCCUUUAUUUUAUUUUUUUAAAAUUUGGAGAUGCCACAGCUGCACCUUAGUUUUUGCUAAUUUUCUGAAUUAGCUGUGAGAUUUUGUUUAAUAACUGAUUAUGUUCCUUCUUGUUCUCUUCCCUUGCCAUCGUUAAGCAUUUGCAUCUUUGUUCAUUAAUGAAAAAUGGUUCCAGCAAACCAAAGACAGAAAAAGAGUGUCCCUUUAAGCCGCUGAAAGCCAAGUCAGUAUAAAAGCAAAGCUGGAUCUUUUUGUUUUUUAUUGUACAUUUUUGAUGAGAGAAAGCAAAGGUUUGUGAAAAAAAUAAAAAAGGCAAAGGAAGUGAUUUUAACCACUUUGGAGUUGGCAGCGUGCUUGACGUGCUUUUUGAUGAUACACUCGAUGACUGAGGUAUGAAAUGACUAUCCUGUGUCCCCAUUCCCUUCUGUUACCACAGUGUCACAAUGUCUCUAGCUCUUGUCCUCGUAAUCGGUUCCUCCCUUUGUGCUUGUGUCAUACUUCGAAACCCCAGCCAUCCUUUUUUGUCGACUUCUAUUGACUGAUACACUUCACCAUAGGAUGGUGAAUGACCCUUCCCAGGAUGCUUGUUAUGUGUUUGAGUAACUUAUUGUGGUGACAAUAUUUUCUAUAUUAAAAAAAAUACUGUGGACUUUUAGGUGGCUUAACAUUUUAUAGGACACGUCAUAUUUGUAAAAGUGAAGAAAAAAAAAGAUAAAGUCAUACAAAAAUUAACAUCUUCCCUUUCUUGCACUGGGCAUGUACAAACACAUAUGUACAAAAAGGACCCUUUUGUGGGCUAUGUACGCUUCCCUUCAGCUACAUAACUUCCUUCUGGUACAUGCUUCUGGGAGACUUUCUUUUCUUGGUUUCCUCUGGAGGUGGUCUUUAUUAGGUGAACCUAUCUGUUGCAUGGGAGAAGGCAGGGAAAUUCUGGUCUAGAGCUGCAUGAUGUAGGCUAUGUGUAUUAACCCAUGUUGGAUCAUGUGUUCCAAACUACCAGACAGAUACUCUGAUAAAACAACAUAUACAGGCAGAUAUUGUGGCUGUCUGAUAACUUCCAGUUGUUUAUUAUUUGUUGUAUACACAAAAAUGCA